GUGCGGUUGUCGAUGCGGCAAAUGGCAGUCGCACGACGUACCUUCCUGUAGCUGUGCGGUUGUGAGUUCGAACAAAGAUUUCCUUGUUGUUCUUCUGGCGUGAUGGAUACUGAGGUUAAAGGUUUCCUGUUCCCAAAAACGUUGCACGAGCGUGGUCAGCGAUGCACUGGAAGAAGCAAUGUGGAGUCACUGAGAGAUUCUCGCCGCAGACUCCCGAGAAAAGCAGAUGCCUCAUCCAAGCAGAGUGCACUGAGUGACAGAAGUGUGCGGAUCGCCCUUUCGAAGGCCCUCUUGUAAAAUGAUAGAGCAUACUUCCGCGCCGAAUAACAGCUCGAUGGGAUCAGCGACCGAAAAUUGCGGAUCAGUCAGUGAGACCUUCAAUGUGCGGCCAUGUAGUUUUGCAUGUCGUAGCUGCUCCUUGAUAAAGCGAAAGACGUGGCAGGAUGAAAGCAACAGCGAUAAUUCGAGCUCCAUUGAUCCUGGAGACGGAUUAUUACCGAUGAUGGACAAGAAUAUGUCUCGAAACGAUGGCCAGUCUUCAAACGCGCCCGAAAAUGAUCGGAUUUUCAGACGCGGCAGCGUCGAUUUGGUGGAAAAAUCAUUUCCCGAGGAGGAGGAUUCAUUCGGAGGAGCGGUAUUUGACUUCUCAGCCUUGAGCUUUGUCAAAUAAAAUAAAUCAUUCAACAGGCUAUGCUGCACUUGAUCGAGAAGCGCUAAACGGGUUUUGACGGCGUGGAGAGUGAUGUUGGCCAUCCCUAUCUUUUUUAAAUUAGCCGCUGAUCUGGUCAUGCGACCGUGGAUGUCACUCUGAGCGGUCAGCAAGGUAUUUAUUUCAUCACUCAGAUUUUACUUACUUACGUUCUCUCUUUGUUCUUUUAGAUAUAACGCGCACUGAACGCGAUGAUACUCCCGAACAAGCAAAUCGGGGAAGGUGAAUCCGGCUCGAAGGACCAGCAAUGUUCGAAAGCGAAUCAAAGCGAGAGCGGCAGCGAGAAAAAUUUGAGC